UUCUUUUUCCCUUUUUUCUUCACCCUUUACAAUAAAUUUGUCUACGUUGCAUUUAAAUGUUUUUCUUUCUCUUAUAGGAUUUGUACGGUAAAUAUAAAGCCUUGUGACCCAGAAGAAUGGAAGCGUCUUGAUGGGUCAUGUAACAACCUUGAAUACCCCAGUGUCGGUACUCAUCGUACUCCAACAACAAGGCUUCUACCUCCAAUACUAAACCCGAAUUACGAGCCUGCGGAUACUGUGAGUGGGGCGCCGUUCCCAGUCGCAAGAAGGAUUCGUUGCGAGCUCCUUUCUGAAGGCAAAGCGUCUGAUCUGACGACCACGCAACUCCUUUCAUACUUCUUGCUAUCUGCUACCCAUGAUAUAAACUCACUCGAUGACUUUUACAAUUAUAUAAUACACAUACUGCACUGUUGCGAACCGGAAGGCCAGAAUGACUACAUGUGUACACCGCAAAGGAUUCCAGUGGAUGACCCCGUGCACAGAUACUCGGGAGUCAGCUGUAUGAACCUUACCAGGCCGAUGUCUUACCAGACCCACGGGUGCCUGGAAAAUGGUACCACAUUUGUACGAGUGCGUAGCAACCUUUUAACUUCAUUUCAUAGUCGUAGAGAAAAGGCAAAUAAAAAUCCUGAACUGGUUCACCUUCACAUAGUUUACCCAUUUUUGGGAAUAAUGUAGGUACCUGGCAGGAACCAUGAUCAAGAUCAUGAUGUCACGAUCCUCAAGAAAAAAGGGAAGAGGUGU